UGUAAACAACACCCAACACCGCGCGGUCUGCUCGGGCUCACCACAUCGUACCUUCACAACGAGCAACUCAUGGAGAAAACAAACCGCGGGACAGAAAAAGUGCUUACUGCUUUGGUGCACACCCCGCGAUCGCGGUACAGUGGAGGUACCCCCCGAGCGCCCGACCAGCAUCACCCUAACGUCCCCGUCCCGACACUAAUGGGUUCAUCUGCCGAUUUUAAGAGUCUCGAAGAUGAACUGAUCGACAAUGUGGAAAAAGACGUGCGUUACUGGCAACAGAACGACGCCAAGUUGAGAGCUGUGAAGAGCGUGUCUACUUACCAAGAGUUCAGCGAUAUUGUCAAAGCUGCUCAUUUGCGUCCAUUGUCCAAGAAAGAAAUCGAGUGCAAGAGCAACCCCCCUGCAGUGUGGAAUAACGUAGUGGCAACUCACAACAUGCAAGACAGCAAACAGCUGAGUUCUGAGUUUGUGGUCCCUGACGUUGACAUAAAAGAUAACAUACCAAGUGCUUGUUCUCCAAUAGUCCAAGAGUUUAUUUUGAGUUUCCACCGUCUUAGCUCAGCCAAACACAGGUACAAGUAUUUGAGUCUACACGGUGCCGAAAAUGUAGCCGCCACGUUUCAUACCGAAGAGAUACCUCCAUCUGUGCUUGUAGAACUGCUCGAAACACUACUCAUAUUCCCGUCAAAUAGUGUUCCCGACAUAGUAGCAGUCACCAGACUUCUAGAUGUGAUCACUGGGACAAAAAGAUUUGAAUUAGCCAUUGAGUUUUUGAGUUCAACUGAAUUGGACACGUUGUGUAAUCUGUUCAAUAAACUAGAGGAGAGUCUCAAGUCUGGUCAACAAGAUUUGGCUGAACAAGGAGUGACUGAAUGGAGUUUGAGUACACUAAGGAGAAAAUAUAAAGUCUAAGCUAAUAUAAUUAGUUCAGUAUUAAUAGUGAAAAUAUUCCCAAUUCUCCAUACCUUAUACUUACCUGCAUAUCACAAAUCCUUUUACUAUUUUAAGUGUUUUUAGUGGGAGAAUAAAAUAACAACUGUUAUAGCCACAUCAUAGAUGCAACAAUUUCAUUAAAAAAUCCUAUUUCAAAUAUCCCAACACACAAUGUUUGAACAUAUGUAUUAUUUAUUUUAUUUUUAUUAUGAAAGACUGAUUUUACUCCCAAUAUAAUAUUAUAAUUAUACUGGUU